AUGUCACUUAAUCCUUACCUUCUCUUUAAGCGCAUUAUCUCGUCCACAAGGAAAAGUUUGGUCGUGGCAAUCUCAAUUUUGGCAUCGGGACUCAUAUUCGUCACCGUCCUUCGUCCUUCGUGGUCGUCCAACAUCUCAUUCAGCAGCCAACAGAUCUCGUAUAAAUGGGAAGAAAUGUUUCAAUCAGCGACGGCAGCCAUCAUUGCCAACACGUUGUCCAGCAGUAACAAGAAGCACGUCGUUGAUUGCGAUGCCCAAUCUACUGAUUGGGAUGCUCUACUGGACGAUGAGUCAUUAACUGGUGCUCAACUUGUGAAAUAUCUCAUGUGGACUAACCAUUCUUCGUGUCAGCUAUCUCACGACUUUGGUGGCGUGAUGAUGGACAAUCCAUCCGGAUUGGCUGGACAAAAGGCCGUCUGUAUCGAUCCGAGAGUGGCUCCCAAGCCGGGCAAAUGUCUCGUCUACUCCUUUGGCAUCCAGGAUGACUGGUCCUUUGAUGAGACAAUGGCUCGUUAUGGAUGUGAAGUGUUUGCAUUCGAUCCGUCGACAGGGAUGACGUCACACGACCACAGCCCAGGUAACAUCCACUUUCACGACUGGGGAUUGGGCGAUCGCGAUGAAUAUGACCAUCAUUUCAACUGGACAAUUCGUUCAUUGACAUCCAUCUACAAGAUCCUUUCGCCGCGUCACGGCAACAAAACAAUCGAUUACUUGAAAAUUGAUGUUGAAUAUUCAGAGUGGAUAGCAUUGCCUGAAAUCAUCAGUUCCGGAAUGUUAUCUAAAAUCCGUCAAUUAGGCAUAGAAGUUCACCUGGACAAAGACGCGUCGCUAGAAGAGCACCGCGUCUGGGCCAAGCUUUUGAGAUCGCUGGAGAAAAUGGGAAUGGUCCGCUUCGAUUCCGAAUACAAUCCGUGGUACGUUGGAAAUUUCACCAAGUUUCCAUUGUCAGCACCGUUGGGUUACGAGAUUGCGUGGUAUAAUAGUAACCUUUUGCAUCCGUUGUUUUAAUGUUGUGUUCGUGGAAUCUUCCUGUGGACAUCAGAAAUUGUUAAAAGCAAAUGAACAAUAAAUUCUUAUCUGAUUUUUGGGAA